CACGUAACAAAGCAGUAAAGACUUAUAUGAUGUUUUCAUCAUCAUCAUCUUCCCUGUCAAAUUUAUUGCUUCAAAUUUCAUUUUUGCUUCUAAUUUUUCCUCUCACGUUCUGUUCUCCAAAUCAAGAACCACUCCUGUUCUCUCUCAAAACCAAGAAUGUUCCACAGUCUUCUUCAGACAAGCUUUCGUUCAGACAUAACGUCACUCUCACCGCCUCCCUCUCCGUCGGCUCUCCACCGCAAAACAUCUCGAUGGUUCUUGACACCGGAAGCGAGCUUUCAUGGCUUCACUGCAAGAAAGCUCUCAACUUAGGAUCCGUGUUCAACCCGGUUUCAUCUUCUUCUUACUCGCCUAUACCUUGCUCCUCGCCAAUAUGCAGGACCCGGACCCGGGACUUGCCCAUACCUGCUUCAUGUGACUCGAAGACUCAUACUUGCCACGUGGCAGUAUCCUACGCUGACGCUACCUCACUCGAAGGCAAAUUAGCUCACGAGACGUUCGUAAUCGGAUCAUCAUCCCGGCCCGGAACUAUAUUCGGGUGCAUGGACUCUGGUUUAAGCUCUGAUUCGGAGGAGGACGCUAAAUCAACCGGUUUAAUGGGAAUGAACCGGGGCUCUUUAUCGUUUGUUAACCAGCUGGGUUUUUCUAAAUUCUCGUAUUGCAUAUCCGGUUCAGAUUCCUCCGGUAUUCUGCUUCUCGGUGACGCGAGUUCCUCGUGGCCCGGUCCUAUCCAGUACACGCCUUUGGUGAGUGAAACGACGCCGUUACCGUAUUUCGACCGGGUCGCUUACACGGUUCAGUUGGAAGGAAUCCGGGUCGGGUCUAAGUUGCUGGCUCUACCUAAAUCCAUGUUCGUACCGGACCAUACCGGGGCAGGUCAGACGAUGGUGGAUUCCGGUACACAAUUCACGUUCCUGAUGGGUCCGGUUUACUCCGCCUUAAGAACCGAGUUUAUGGCGCAAACCAAGUCGGUUCUCAAAGUUGUAGACGAUCCAAAUUUUGUGUUCCAAGGGACAAUGGACCUCUGUUACCGUGUUGGGUCGCUGACCGGGCCCAAUUUCUCGGUCUUGCCCGCUGUUAGUCUAAUGUUUCGUGGCGCGGAGAUGAGUGUGUCGGGUCAGAAGCUGUUGUACCGGGUAAACGGAGCCGAGUUAAAAGGAAAAGAUCAGGUGUAUUGCUUCACAUUUGGGAACUCCGAUCUGCUGGGAGUAGAAGCCUUUGUAAUUGGUCAUCAUCAUCAACAGAACGUGUGGAUGGAGUUUGAUCUGGCUAAAUCAAGGGUUGGAUUUGGUGCUGACGUUAAAUGUGAUCAAGCAAGUCAACGGCUCAGAUCGCGAGAUUGAUAACCUGUGUGUGAUAUAGGAUUCCACUAGACCAUAUACAUCUUUAUAUAGUAUAGUGUAUAUAUAUUCUUUCUGUUGAGUUCUAUAUAUGAUGUGUUUCGUAGAGCUU